AUGAAGCUCGCAAGCCUGCAGGUGCGCUGCCCUCAUCGCAACUCGUGCCCAUUGCGCUUGAGAAUUCAGCAGUCUUCCAAAGGCUUGUACUCCAUCCAGGUGACAGGGCUUGAAACGCCCGCAUCAAGGGCACAGCAACCGGUUCUGACGCUGAAUCCCAGCAGGCGAGCCAGCAGCCGGAGCUGGUGUCCGACAUGUGCAAAACCUCUGGAGAUGCAAAGCAAAGUGGCUGCUUCACCAGCAUUGGAUACGAGUCGACGUCGCCCAAAAGGCAAGGGCAACGCCUUUGUGGCAGUGCUCUUCGGGCCAGAUGAAGACAUGCUUCAGCGAUUCGUGCUAGGAGCCCUUGUUUUGGGCCAUUCCUUGAAGACGAGCGGGACAUCCUUUGACCUUGUGCUGUUGCACACAGCAGAUGUCAUGGCUGUGCCUGGGGCCGGACUUCUGGAAGUUUUCUGGAAGACGCGGGAAGUGGAAUACGUACAGGCCGUUGAGAAGCUGAUUUCUCGAAGCGAGGAUCGCUUCCGGCAUGUCUUUACCAAGCUGCAUGUUUUCGGAUGCGAUGACUACGAAAAGGUGGUUUUGCUGGACAUUGAUCUCCUGGUGAGGGACAACAUUGACGAGCUGGCUCAGUUGAAGCCGCCAUGUGCGCUCCGGAGGGGUCACAAGAGCCUACCUUCCCACGUGGAUGUCUCCCUGUCUUGCUACGAUCGUAAUGGACAGCAGCGUUUCGGCAUGAACCUGGGAGUUGCAGUCUUGAAGCCAUGCCAGGAAGAGUUGAGGAAGAUGCUGGACUCGGUGAAGCGCAAUGAUCCCAUGCACGAGGCUAGCAAUGGUCCGGAGCAGGAUUUUCUCAGCCGCUGGUUCAAGAACUGGACCACUCUGAAUCUGAAGUACAACUACCAGCUUCAUCAGUUGGCAUACUCGCUGGACCAUGCAGGUCCCGAUGCGGAGCGGCUGCAGCUCAAGUUUGAAAGCGUGAAAGUCAUACACUACAGUGGCAAGGUGAAGCCAUGGGACUUCUACUUUCAAGCUGGUUUGGAGCAGAGCUUCUCGACAUUUUCAGAGGAGAAGCUGUUGCCAGCCUACGGCGCAACCGGAGAGGAUCUGCAGGAGAAGAUCAGACGUGCAGGGAAGGAAUGGAAAGAGCAGUGCAAGGCCAUGUGGCAGCAUGUGCUCUCUGCGCAGACACUUUGUGGUGCCACAUGUCAGCUGUGUGGGGAACCCGUUUCAGAUGAGAAGCAGCUGGAGCAUUGCUUCUUGCAAUGCCCCAAGACGGAUGAUCUGCGGCGAUCGCAGCCUUCGCUAACAGCAGAAGAAAUACAACAUCCAGAGCCGCAUCAGUUUCGGCAAGUGCUGGCUUUUGUUGCCAGGGUCCUAGAGCGCCGUCGAUGGCUGGCGGCAGAGUCUGAUCCAGAAAGAAGAGAGCCAGAUCAAGAAGUGGAAAAAGAGGAGACUCAGGACACCAGCCCGAAGGGGGAUGGUGCUACAAGCCUUCAUGAAGAGGGCCCGAAGCAGAUGCCGCAAAGCCAUCGGGAGAAGAUUUUGCAAGAAGUGGCGACGAAUCGAGUCACCAUCAUCGUGGCCCCGACUGGAUGUGGCAAAAGAAUUCCACAGAUGAUCUUGGACGAAGACGCAGAACGGUGUAUCCUUGUGACGCAGCCCCGGCGUGUUGCGGCCACCAGUCUCGCGCGUCGCGUAGCCGGGGAGAGAGGUGUUGAGCUUGGAACGGAAGUCGGCUACAAAAUCGGAGGUUGCAGCGAGGUGGGUCGAUCUGGCCGCACGCGAUUGACCUUUGCUACCACGGCAAUUGCAAUGAUCCAAUGCCUACAGGACUGUUCUUCCUUCACGCACCUAAUCAUAGACGAAGUCCACAUCCGCGAUGCCCACAUCGACUUCCUGCUCAGCUUGGUGGUGACGAGGGUCUUGUCCCACAACAAACAAGUCAAGGUGAUCCUGAUGUCUGCUGCGAUGGACAGCAACAAGAUUGCACGGUACUUCUCGACAGUGCUGGGGGGCACCAUUCCAAAGCCGCUGGAUUUGGAGGAGUGUCGUCAGUUCAAGCUGUCCAUCAAGUACAUAGACGACUAUCCCUUUUUCAUGCGGCGUGGACUGAGCCGCCGAGGACAAGAUGGAGUUUGGGCAGUGUCUGGAUUUCCCGCCGAGUGGUCUCAGGAGGAAGUGUCCGACUUGUAUGCAGAGUUUGUUCGCUCCUGCCACGAGGAACGCGCCAACCGCAAGGACUUGGCCUCGUUCCUGGUGUUCUUACCGGGCAAGAGGGAGCUGACUUUGCUGUGGGAGCGGCUUGAUGAGGUCAAAGGCCUCAAGGUGAAAUGUAUCUUCGGUGGACAGACAGUUGAGGAGCAGGAGAGAGUGCUGUCCGAAACCCAGAGCCAGAACGAGAGGGUUGUGAUUUUGGGGACAGAUGUCAUCGAGUCUAGCGUCACGAUUCCUGAUGUGGAUCUGGUGAUCGACACCUGCGAGCAGAAGCGUCUCCGCUGGGAUGGAGGCAAGAAUCAAAGCCUCCUGACUUUGGUCCUGGUGAGUCAAGAUGAGGCCAAGCAACGCUCUGGCCGAACAGGUCGGGUGCGUGACGGGGAAGUUGUACGCCUCAUCAGCAGGGAAUGCUUCCAGCGCCUGCAGCCUCAUGCAGAGCCGCAGAUAAAGCACAGCAGGUUGGAGGACCUGCUCCUCUCCAUCUUCGAGCUGCCGAACUUGGGUGAUCCUCGGGAAUUCUUGCAGAAGAUGUCAGACCCACCUUCAGCAACUCGAGUGGACCAGGCCAUCACCAGGCUCAUGGAAUUGAAUGCGUUGGCAAAGACGAAGGGCCAAACCCAGCCGAAGCCCACCUUCUUUGGCCGAUUCCUGCAGAAGAUGCCGCUGGAUCCGGAUGUCGGCUUCUUGGUGAUGAGUGGCGUGCGGCUGCAGCUGGUGAAGGACUGUGCUAUCCUGGCUGCAGUGCACCAGCGAGGGGAUCCCUUUGUGGACAGCAUGGACCUAAGCUCCCAGGAAGUGCAAUGGCUUUGGGAGGCGCGAGACACCUGCAGCCCGGGCCGUGUCCGAGAGCGAGACCGUGCGCUUCCUGGAGACCUCAUGGCCGGGCUUGGGGCCUACAGAGCUUGGCAAGCCGCAGCCAAGUAUCAAUCCCGUUGGGGUGCAGGCUGGAGCAUCCAGGAAGAAGCCCAAUGGUGUGCGCGGCACUUCUUGAGCCUCGAACGCUUGCAUGAGCUGGAAGAGAUGGUUGUUCAAAUCCAUGAUGUUUUGGAAGGGCUAGGAUAUGCCGAUGCCCUUCCCCAGUCAGAGAGGGAUCGCAUGAGAUUGAGGCGCCAAGAGAAGGUGAACCUCAAGGCUGUGCGGACGCGACCGCAACAGAGUGCAGCGCAAGACUUUGCCAGUCUGUUGCGUGAUCAGAAGGAUCGUGACAAUCAACUGCUGCUGGCAUGGUGCAUUGCUGCCAGCUUCACCAGCGGCCUCAUUGAGGUCAAGAACGGCUCCAGCACAGAGCAACUGAAGUACAAAGCCAAGAAAGACAGGGCGCCGGAGGUGGGAAACAACCUGCUGAUGCAGGGCUUUGGUGUGAGGCAUGCUCGCAUUUUGAACAAGGGUGACGUGGAAGUUACCUUCCCCAGUCCUGAGGAAGCUCAUAAGGCCUAUCAGCAAGCUUCGCUGCUCAACAACAACAUGAUGCCAUGGCGGCCGCAACAGCGAACCUCCUUGCAUCCACGCAAGUGCUAUGAGGGGCCAACCAUCAGUGAUGUGAUGGCUAUCAUGAAUCACAAACGGACUGCCAUGACGUAUUUUUGCACCAAAUGCAGCACGGUGCCAACGGGGAUCAUCCCUUUGAUCCUUUGUGCGACGUACCCCGCAGCACAGGUGACCAAGCAGGCCGGCGUUUGGCUGGUAAGCACUCUGAUCCACGGCCAGCGUCAAGUUGAAAAGUUCGCGGCACCUUCCGAGAAGGUUGGCAGGCUUCUGGAAAGUAUCCGCGAGAAGAUGGACACCGAGUUUGGAUGCACGCAAACGGAAAGACAGAAAAUUGUGGAGGACCUCUGGCAUGUAAGCCAUUUACAAAGCUGUAGCAAGUUCAAUGUCUUAACAGGGUUGAUCGUGCUACAGACUCAUCAUAUUCCCAGCACUUUGUGA